AUGGGCUGUACGGUGAUGGGCAGCACGGUGAUGGGCGGCGCGGCGCUGUCGGGAGCGCUGUGGCUGGGGCUGCUGUGGGCCGGGAGCGGGGCCGGGGGCAGCUGCUCAGGAAAGUGCUGCCAGGGCCGGGAUGCCUCCUGCGUCGGCGAGGGAUGGAGGGAGGGAGGGGGCUACGGGACCUGCUACUGCGACGGGGGCUGCCGGCGAGCCGGGGACUGCUGCCACGACCACAGCCAGGCGUGUCCAGCUCUUCCGUGUGUUGUGGGGGAGUGGAGUCAUUGGAGCGGCUGUGCAGAACAGUGUCAUCCCGGUCUGAGAGUACGUAGGCGCUAUGUACAACAGGAACCUAAAAAUGGUGGGGAACCUUGUCCUGCUCUGGAGGAGAAGGCUGGCUGCCUGGAAUACCUGACUUACCAGGGAGAGGAAUGCGGCCAUGAACAUGUCCCUGCUUUCAUAACUACCUCUGAAUACGGUAAAGAAAGAAAACAACGAGCAGUAUCUUCUCUCUGGCCUUCAGACAAAGAAGCAGCUGGGUACUGUGUGGAGUUUAGAACAGAGUCGCUUUCACACCACUGUGCUUUAGAGAAUCGUCCAUAUGCUCGCUGGAUGCAGUACCUGCGUGAAGGACACACCGUGUGCGUCGCCUGCCAGCCUCCAGCUAUGAACACCGACACGCAUCGCUGUGCUGGGGAUGGCCAUAAUGCGGACGGAGGUAAAAUCUUACACUGGGAAGCAAUUGGCAACUCUCAGUGCCAAGGAACCUGGAAGAAGAUUCGACAACUGGAACACUGUUCAUGUCCGCUGGUGCAUAGCUUUAUUUUUACAUAAAAGUUUAAAAGACCUUUAAGACAGCAACAACAAAAAGAUCGAGAAUAUUAACAACAAUGCCAAGAAAUCUACAUUUUUAUGCUGCAUUUUCUGGAGCCUAAACAAAUUUUAAAGGACUCAGAACUUUAGUAGAAGCCUUUCGGGAAACUUCCUGCCUUAAUACAAAACGCUAAGAUUGAUUUUCUAUUAGAACACUAGAAGCAUCUUUCCAUGCUUCUUUUUGGUAAAUAAGAGCUAAUGUUUCUAAUCAUAGUAGUUGCUUUUCCUCAAGUUCACAUUCUCUACUGGCCACAGCCCUGUCUACAAUCACUGCUCCUACUCAGUAGUGAGCCAGCCAAACAUUCUCAAGUCUGAGGAUAACUACUGUCAUCAUUAAAUAGCAAGAGUAAAUAAAAAUGAAAGUUUGAGCGUUAAAACCAGAUUUCAGUUUAGAUCCUCAAUUCCUUCCCAGCAUCAUCUAGACAAUAGUUUAUACUGCAAGUGCAUAAGUAUUCUUCCUGUACACUGCAGUUCUCAGGUUCACUCAUCUUCAUAGGUGACUCCACAGUCAGUAUUAAGGAAGUAGACUUCUCAGAACGUCAUGUCACUAAUACACAUGAGGAUUUUUAACUAGUAAUAAGGAACUUUUUUAAUGUUAGCCAAGGUUCAGUUGCCUCAAAGUUCACACUCUGUAUUCGGCUUCACAUUAAGGUCAUCACCUGAACAAGUUUGCUUACAUUAAUGUUUUAUACCUAUUACUGUUCUUUACGUUACACGUUUUUGGACAGCAACGCUGCUGGACAGUGAGACUAAAAUAAGUUGUUAUUCUGGAAAGCUAGGCUAGGUCAGUCCUGCACAAUGUUCUCCACCGGUCUUUUAACAUGACACUUGUUCGGUUGUUGAAGUCACCAUGGGCCAGAAUUUUAGCCCAGUUACCCACUCCAAAUGUCCUUACUCCUGAUUUCAGUUCCAAGUCUUCGUUGUAAGUCCAUCGCUAGAGGAAGAACAGAGAAAAAUAUGGGAUAUAUGAACAGAGAAAGGUAUUAAUGUAAAAUGUAACCUUACUGCAAACAUAAAAGCAAGUUUUCAUACUGCUCUCUAGUUAUUACAGAGUACAGAUGUCAGAGAGGUUUUUUUUUUUGAACUUGAAUCUAAAUCUUGAAACUAAAUACAACAAAAAGGUUAUCAAGUCAAGUUUUACAACACAGUAGCAGAUAUCACCUGGAAUGAGAACAGCAUGCUUCUAUGAUCACAAGUUGCAGGAGGAAAAGAAAAAAGAUAUUGGGCAAAGUUUUGCUUUCUUCAAAACAUGCUUUCCAAAAUUGUACUUUAUUAGCUAAUUGAGCCAAGACAAACCUUGAUUGAUCCUAGUAUGCACUGCAAAAGAGAAAGCAUUCUGUGACACAUUAGGCUAGGGACUGAGAAUCAAGACACCUUUUACCAACAACGAAAGAAUUUCCAUGUGCUUAGUAAAAAAAAAAGUCUAUAUUUAAAAUGCUCAUAGAAGCAAAAUUAUAUAUAUUGCAUUUGAAAGUGACAUCAUCCAUAUUCUCAGCUAACAGUUAUGCAUUUGCUUUUGGCCAUUUGUUGAACCCAGUACUUAAGUCUGGCUGCCAUGACUUACAAGCUUUUUAAUCUUCAGGGGAUGACUUUUCUCUCAUAAAAGUAAGAGAAAAUUACUUGCAGUUAUACAUCUGUAAGCAAUCCCUUCCAGUUCUUUCUUAGUUGCUUCUUGGUACAAGUACCUCAAUACAAACAAUUUUAAGACUACACGUAGGGUGAAAGAAAACGGAAUUUUUAAAAACAAAAUACCUGAUUUAAAAAAUCUUACCUUUACAGAAAAGUGUGAGGGAGAACCAAGUAUCAGUUUUCCUUUAGCAUAACUUCAUAAAAAUAGACAUAUAUAUAACAAAACUUUACAAAUUCUAUAUAUCCUAUUGUGUCUUUUUUUUACUGCAUUUUUUGAUAUGUCUAUGUAUAAGGUGUAUUAGAUGCAGUCAGCUUUUUCACUCUGAAAUAGCAAUUAACAACUUUAAUAUGAAAUUAUUUUAAAACAACUUAUUUGGCUAGAAUCUGAUCCUCCACAAAUAUCUUCAAAUCCUUGCUUGCUUAAUACACAACUAAUCAUACAGAUGUAUGAUCAGCACACCUCCUCAGGCAAACUGAAUUGCACAUUAUCUAUGCAAACAUAGGACAGAAUCCUCAGUUGAAAAAACUGCGUAGAAAAACUGUUUCUAAAAAGUAAGUAUCAAUUUCUACUUGAAACUGCAAUAUGACCACAUGUUCUUUCUAAAUUUAUUCCCCCAAAACCUGAAAUGCAAAGACUUAACUUAAACUUAAAAAACUUAAAAACGUUUAUGAUAUUGAGAUGCACAGAGAAUUGUAUUGUGCAGCUGUUCCAUUUAAUGUAUUUGUGUUCAGUUCUGCUUCUUGCACAAGAGGGGCCCUGCUUCUCCUGAUGGUCUCAUGGACCACAGUAAGUUAUGAAAGGAGACAAAUGGUCAAUUUUCACUGGUCUCAUGCUGGCAUUUCUGUGAUCUCCAACAGAUUCCAUAUCUAAAAACCAUUAGUUACCAGACUUUUACAAAAUCUGCAUGUGUUUAUGUGUAUGUCAUGAGCAAAUGACUGCUGAAAAUCCAAACAAAAGACUCCCUUAUUUCUGCAUUUAACCAUCACCUGUGCUUUACUGAUUUUGGAGUUGCUCUGAAAUCGCAAAAAAGUCAGUGUUUUUGCUCAUAAAACUACUACGAAAUUUAUACAGGCAAGUGAUCAAAAGCACUGCAAUUACUUAUGUUCAGUGUGUGAAAUUAAAAUUCUGAAUAGGCCUUUGCGGGCCAAAGGAGUUAAGAAGCAUUUACAGCUAAUGGUCUUGCUGGUCAGAAUGAUUUAAAUUGACAAAGGAGUGAACUAUUUGUAAAAGAAUGUACCAACUCGAGCCUCCUCAUCUGAGAAAUUGAAUUUGCUGUUGUUAUGUACCAUAAUCUGCUUAUCUGACAUAAUUUUUGUGAAAAGCUGUUUGUAAAAGUUAUAGAACUCUGUAGCUGUCCCAGCUGGGCAGAACUCUCAUCAGCAAAGGCUGUCACUGCUGUUCCCACAGCCACCAACUGAUCUAAACUGCAAUUCAGGUUAUUUCCACAACAGCACCUGCUGCUGUGAAUGGGAUUCACAUGUCUUGCUUCACUUAGGCAGACCGUGGGCUGAUCCCUACCACUACUUGGAAGGUACAGAACCUUUUGAAAUCUCUGCUAGGGCUUCAGCUGAGUGUCAACAGAUGUUAUGACCAAGAGGAGCCCUUGUGUGUCUUGCAGUUUUCCUUUGAGUUACUGGUUAUUGCUGGGUUGGAGGGUCAUCCCAGAAGCAGUGACUGCGAGCUGCCACCCAGAAGGCACAGGUCCCCUCUUUUCUUUGUCUCCUUGAAUGAGUGACAAUUUCUCCCUUUACCUGAAAGGGAUACAAUUUGCAAGAGUACAGUGCAAUACAGCCAGAAGAGUGCUCAUAUUUGGUCCAUCCAGCUGCACCAGUCAGGAGGUUAAGGACCUAUGAAAGGAAUGGGACGGCUGUGAUGUGGGCAAGGAUACCAGGCAGGCAGAAAGGUUGUUCCCAUACUUGGGCAUGUGCAAACAUUGACAUGCCUGUGAACCUAGAGAAGGGGGUGUGUGCCUUCACCAGUGAACUAACACCUCUACCAGACAGACAAGGGAAGAGGACUCAGCUGUGUUUAUGUCUUACACGGGUACCACACAUGGGUGUUGAGGACAGCACCUUUUCUGUGGCAGUCUUCUGUGUGUGUGUCUGGGAUUUGUGUUCAUCUUUGUUUCUAGGCAAACCUGCAGAUGGGAAAGCAGGAGCCACAUCCCCCAGCCUGAGCAGUGAUCCCAGGUCCCUGAGCUCCACACCGGGCUCCAGCAGCCAGACAGGAGGGUCCUGGGCUGGGCCUGCUGGAGGAGGUGGCCUCUUCCAGCAUGCCUUAACAGCUUUGUAGCCAGCAGAACCUGGCUGAGUUGUGAGCAUACCUGAGAUUAAAUGUAUAUAAUCCUUAUGUGUCAGGGGACUGACUAAUCCUUUGCUAAUGCACCUACAAUGAUAAAUUUGUAACUGAGCCUGUAGAGCCUGAUGGGGGCCUGUGCUAAUAAAGUCUUGGAUUAAUUGGAAUAACUUGAUUGGAAUAAAUGUUUGUAGAACAUUAGAAGAGCCAUAAGAAUUGUAAAUGCCUGAAUCUGAAGACCUAAGAUCUGUAGCUUUGUGGAUUAAAAGAAAGGUUGAUUUACCAGAGUAUGUAUAAAACCUUCUAUAAGUAACAGAGCACUUCCAACUAUCAAAUGGAUAAAUGGUGUUGUCUGUAAAGCAAAAGGGAACACUAGAAAAUCAUGUUAUGGCUCACCUUGACAACUGAAACUUUCAAAAUUGUAAAGAACUGGGCAGAAAGGGAAAUGUGGGUGCAAAGGAACAGCCUCAACUUACAGAAAUUUAAACUUGAUAAAGCCAACUAGUAGAUCUGAUAAGUGUGAGGAAAUACGUGAAUUACAGGGGAACAAACAUCACUUAAUUCUGCACAUAACGUACCCAGUGGAAAUGUAAAUCUCAUAGCUGCUGUCAUUAGGCAAAUGCAUACCAUCCUGCUGGUGCACAAGGGAGGAUGGACAGGAAAACCCAGGAUCAGCUGGUAUGAUUGCCAAUGGCACAAGAGGUUUUUGUGUUAAAUCCCACAUCCAUGGAUAUGGGAUUCACCUCCUCUCCGAAUGAGAGGCCUGGAACCCUUCUGGGAUCCUUAAAAGAUUCUGCUCUUAAAAGCAAAAUCAAUUCAGACAUUGGGAAUGGGCCAGGUGACAACUGAGUGUCAUUCCGCAUGGUUCCCCACUUCCCUUCAAUUUAAGUUGCUAGAAGUGUCAGAAGCACUCAAACAUGAAAGGCAGGGGUGUGAGUAUGAGGGAGAAGAAGCUUAGAUAACACUCAGCCUGAUCAGAGCUGUAUCCUGGUUAUUCUACAGCAAGGAAAAAUGUGGCUAUUAACACAAAGUAGAAGCUGAGGUAUGUGAAGACUAAACCUCACAUCUCAAAAUUGGACUUAGUCCAGCUUAAUGCAACUAUCAGUGCCUCUUCAGUAAGCUGUGAUCACUAACAAACCUCACUAAGCAGUGAAAGAAUUACAAGUGAUAGCAGUUCAGCUGUAUUUCUAAACAGGAACCUAAAACUUCUCUAAAAUAGUCUACCCUUUAUCAAGAAUAUUUCCUUUUCCCAAUACUUCCUGUUCCACAGAUAUUUUGCAACAUUAGCAGUGAAUGGCUUUUGGUUUUUUUUUUUACUUUAUUAAAAGGCCAGAGAUUCCAUUGGAAUCAUGUAGUUCAUCUCAUUUCAGAGCAUGCCAGAAAACUUUCCUAAAUAAAAUCUUUAUUCAAGUAACAGAGUUAAUCUUGACCUAGAGCACCAGAUAAUUCAAAUACUUCAAUCAGAGACAAUCACCACCAUUGUUACUUGCAAUGAUUAGUUACAUUUGGUCUUGAAAGGGCUGGUUUAGCUGGUUUUGAUUUUAAAUUGCUUAUAUAGAGCUUUUUUUUAAUAAAAUAACUUUCUUCAGUUUAACAUAUAAAUGAGGAGCCUGCCUUACAGGUAAAUCAGGGACUGCCAUCUUUUCUCUUCACUGAGGAGCUGUACAGAGCAGUAACUUGCCUCCCGCCCUGCUCACCAACAAACUGCCUGUCACCUCUGGGACAGCACUUUUAGAGAUUCCAGCUUUGCACUGUUACAAGCUACCAAGGCUGGUUGAAAGCCUAGACAUAAUGCAGCACUACAGUUGAGCUCACAUCAUCACGGCACCUAGUCCAGAGCAACGUGACAUCUGGCCAGCUUAGAAUGCAGGCAGAGCAAACUUGAGUUUGCCAUGCAGAAUGUGGAGACAUACCCUGUCAUAUCUAAAAAUCUUGUUACUCCUUAGAAUCAGUCCUCCUCUAGUAACUUUGUCUUCCUUUAUGCAUUAUGGGACUCUGCUCUGACUUUUUUCCUU